AAACUGUGGCUAGAAGAGAAAACGAAGAUUGUUCUCGAUUUAUUCAAAAUCAAAUAAUACAAUUUUAUAAAUAAUGUCGUAAAAAUCACUAGUUAAAUGGGGCCUGCUUAAUAUCUGCGGCAAUUAUACUUUUCGUUUUGUUAAACUAAUUAGGGUAACUAAUUUAAAGGUUAUAAACACAGGUAGAUAAAUGAGCAAAUAGCAAAAUGUUUUGUUGGGGAAAUGCAACUCACCACGAACUAUGUUUAGAAACUGGUUCUGACUCUCUUGAUUUAGUGAUAAAACCAACUUUAUCAAAAUGGCCGGAGAGCUAUCACAUACAGUGUGUAGAGGCUGGAGAGUUCCAUACCUUGUAUCUGACAAAUAUGGGCCACCUUUACUCAUGUGGUAGCAAUGAAGUUGGACAGCUUGGUAGGCACACAGAAUAUAAUGGAGGUAAAUCCCCAGCAUUAGUAGAAACAUUUAAAGGCUGCACUCUAUCAGCUGUCGCUUGUGGCCUGCAACAUUCAAUGGCAUUGGAUGAAUGGGGACAACCUUUCAGUUGGGGUUCGGAUAGUAUGGGGCAACUUGGAAGUAACUUAGGGUCUCACGCUCAGGACAAACCAAAAAUAAUAAAGAACCUUGCCACUAAAAAUGUCAUUCAAGUAGACUGUGGCUCUUAUCAUUCUGUAGCUUUAUCGAAUAAUGGUGAUUUAUAUGCUUGGGGUGCAAACACAUAUGGACAAUGUGGACUGGGAACUAAAUCAAACAAGGAAGCCACGCCACAGCCGAUUACUUCGCUUCUCGGAAUUCCUAUAGCAUUAAUAGCAUGUGGCAGCAACCACACAUUUGUUAUAUCGAAGUCAGGUGCUGUAUUUGGUUGGGGGAAGAAUAGCCACGGACAGUUAGGACUACAAGACAGAGAAAACAGAUGUUACCCAACACACUUAAAAACACUCCGAAAUGUCAAGGUUUGCCACAUAACUUGUGGGGAAGAUUUCACUGCCUUUCUUACGCUGGAUGGCGGUGUCUUUACGUGCGGUGCCGGUGAAUACGGUCAAACUGGUCACGGCAAUACUAAAGACGAACUAGUCCCUAGAAAGGUUUUAGAGUUGAUGGGCAGCACAGUCACGCAAGUUGCGUGCGGACGGCGGCACAUGCUAUGCCGCGUGGGAGACCGCAUCCUCGCGUGCGGGUACGGUUCGCGCGGACAGCUCGGCUGCCCGCACAUGGCGCUUGCACUCGUGCCCACGCCCGUAAACUUCACACCCAGCGAUGAUUCACCCCCGAAGAAGAAAUCCAAGCUGGAGAGUACCGUGACAUUCCGUAAGCCUUCUGGUGCUGGCUCCUCCAAACUUCAUUUUCCUCCUGAUAUCUUCAACGGCCCUAUCAGAGUAUUUGCGGGUGGUGACCAUAGUUUCCUGAUCAUCAACAGCGACAAAACUAUAAAGACGGACUUUCGCCUGCCUGAACAAAGGAAACAAAUACUCACACUGAAUUUGGCUAAGCUUACGGCUUGUCAGUUUUUCAAAGACCACGAUGUCGUCAACCAGGAAUUGCUAGCUUACUUGGAAAUAGUGUUUGGAUCGCUAGCGUGCAUCAACGGGUCGUUUCUGCUAGGCCAAAAUGCACAUUUUGGUUGCAACACUAAGAUGCCAGGUGUGGACUUGGCAAAAGCUGAAGAGGCUUUUACACUUAUAAGUCGAUUAGAAAACUCUACUAUACAGGAACUAAUAUUUAGCCACUUAACAAAGGAAAUAAUAAAAAAAGUGAAGGUAUCCCCGCCCGAUGCUGAAGCGCUUCGGUUGUUUUUGACACUACCCCUGUAUCAUGAAAUGAGAAAUCCCCGUCGCCAUCCCGAACUACAGGGUCCAUUCGCGGAGGCCUUCAAUAAUCUGUCUGCGCACCCGCAGCGCAUAGUGCAGCUGUGGUGGGAAACGCAGACCACAGAGUACUUUGAAAUGCUCGUCGAUAUUUUUAAGAGUGUUGUCGUGUAUGAGCUUAUGCAGCCUACUGUAAGGGCGAAUAAGAAAAUAUACUUCAGUAAAAGCCUUAUUCAGAUUUUAAAUACACUAACAGGGCUUAAUAAAAUUAACUUUACAAAUCCAAAGAAACCAAAAAUACCUGCAGAAUGUUUCUAUGUUGAGGAAUUAUGUAAUUACGUCGAUAUCGCCUCGGAUUAUAUCAAUUGGCUCUCUGAUCAUCAUUCUGCACAACCGCAUUUAUGUAACUACGCUUUCCUGUUCGAUGUACAAUGCAAAUCUCUGCUAUUAAAAAUCGACCAGCAACUACAGAUGCAAAUGGCCAUAAAUCGCGCAGCACAACAGAUCUUCACUCGUCUCUUUAUGGACCCCACUUAUGUGUAUCAGCGAGACCAGUUCCUAAUAUUGACCGUCUCGAGAAACCACUUGGUGAGAGACACGAUGCUCCAAAUCAGUAAUCAUGAUACGUCGCAACUGAAAAAGCCACUAAGAGUGGAAUUUGUCGGUGAGGAAGCCGAAGAUGCUGGCGGUGUUAAAAAGGAAUUCUUUAUGUUACUUCUUAAAGAAAUCUUCGAUCCCGUAUAUGGCAUGUUCAAACAAUCUGAAGAGACCAAUAUGAUUUGGUUCUCGAAUAAUCCAUUCGAAGACGAUGUCAUGUAUUACUUGAUAGGUGCGAUCUAUGGCCUGGCUAUAUACAAUUCUAUAAUUAUAUAUGUGCCUUUUCCUUUGGUUUUGUAUAAGAAAUUAUUAGGGGAAAGUGUUAUGCUCGACGACCUAUCAGAUUUGUACCCAACUUUAGCGAAUAGUCUCAAAAGUUUACUGGAUUACCCUGAUGAUGAUGUAGAAGAUGUUUUUAGUCUAUGUUUUGCUGUAAAUACAGAAGUUUUUGAUCAGGUUCAAAUGCAUCCGCUAAAAGAUGAUGGCGAAAAUAUACCUGUGACGCAUACAAACAAGGGGGAAUAUGUAAAUUUGUACGUCGAAUUUUUGCUCAACAAAUCUGUAGAAAAUCAAUUUAAAGCCUUCGAUCAAGGAUUUCAAAAGGUAUGCGGUGGUCGUAUAAUCAAAUUAUUUAGAUCUCAUGAGCUCAUGUCAGUUGUAAUUGGAAACGAAGAAUACGAUUGGGAUCUGUUUGAAAGCAACUGCGAGUACAAAAAUGGAUAUGUUGCCUCCGACUCACAAGUCAGAUGGUUCUGGGAAGUGUUCCAUGAGCUUCCGGUUGAAGACAAGAAAAAGUUCCUUUUGUUCCUUACAGGCAGUGACCGAGUACCUAUCCAGGGAAUGCGGGAUAUAAAAAUAAGAAUCCAGCCUGUAGCAGAUGACAGAUACUUUCCAGUAGCUCACACAUGUUUUAACCUUCUCGAUCUGCCCCGUUACAAGACCAAAGAACGUCUUAAGUACCACCUUCUACAGGCCAUACAGCAAACGCAGGGAUUUUCACUCGUUUAAUAGUUUAACUAUUUAUAUACGACCACCUUUCGCAUGAUUGUAUUAGGGUUUCGGUUACAGAGAUGAUCGUCGAAAAACAUUUGUUAUUGCCUAUUCUCAUACGGGUGGAAAUAAAAAUAGCAUUACACUUCGGAGAAAUCAAUUAUUUGGGUAACCGUUUUUUAAGUGAAAUAAAUUACAAAAAUUAUUUACAACUAUUGAACAAAAUUCUGAGUUAUUUUACAAAAGGACCUUGGACCCUCGACCAUAAAUGAAGCUACAGGAUUCAGGAGAAAAUCUCAAAGUAGUAGUAGCGCCGCCACUAAAUAAUUAAAAUAAAAUAAGACGUUCAUAUUGUCUCUACGGUAUUGUUACUCAUUCUGCCUACAGAAUUUAAUUACAAUGGAGACCGAACCGCUUAUAAGAUCAUAUGCGUCGACGUUCAAACUAAACUUCCCAUGUGAGACUUGGCAUAUAAGUUUUUCGUAACUUUCACAAUCAUUCAUAUAGGGACAAUAAGAAAAUUUUUAUCUUUUUACAAUACUAACAAAUCAUGUUUAAUUAGUAUUCAGGCACGCAUUUCAUUAGAAAUAAAAUGAAAUCGCAAUACAUACCUGAUAUGAUGACUGAUCGGGUUAAUCAAUGUACAGUUUAUAAAAUAUUUGACGGUGACUCUUGACGUGACGCUUCAUAGGCAAAUUAGAGCCAUCGGCCUAAGUUCCUUGUUACUGAGCUAAAGAUUAUUACACAAUUUAAAACUAAACUAACCAACAGAAACUUUUAAAUAACUUGAGAUUUUCGAAGUU